AUUAACUGCACAAUUAUUAGCUGUGGCUGGAAAGUUUUUUUUUUUGAUCAGUUUACAUGUUUUUGAGAUUUAGAAAUAUGGAUAAUGUUGUGCGCGAAAGACAAUGUAGUGCGCGAAAAUUCACAGGGAAUAAAUAAAGCGAUGACGGCAUCAUUUACGGUUGCUUUCUUGCCUGAACUGCCACGGGUAUGGAGUCAGAUAGUGCUAACCAUUGUCGGAGUUUUUGGUUUCGGACUCCGAGGGCUUUCCGCAACAUUUCCGAGUAAAUAACAAUUAUGUUUCUCAAGAGAUAGUGGACAUUUACCAAAUUUUAUUUAAAGUAUCACCUUGCAUCAUGUCUGAUCAGAAUUACUACUGGACCGUCUUGCCCAGCUACAAAACAAGUUUUGUGACUGGGGCCAUGAUGAAAAGAUCGAAAAGUUGCCGUAACAACAAGAGAAGAAGUCUGGCAGUCGGGACAACCUCGCCCACACUCUCCCGACCACUCUCACCUCUCCCCCUUGCCACAGCUGGAAGUAGUCCCCAAGAAAGCUCCAGAAAUGUCUCUGCCGGUGCCUCGGCCAACUUCCAGUUUGCGCGCAGCCACCUGGCCCGCACUGAAAGAGCGGAUGGGCGAAGAUGGUCUGUGGCCUCCGUCCCCUCGUCAGGCUAUGGCACCAACCCCCCCAGCUCCUCAGUGUCUUCGUCGUCCUCCUCCCAGGAGCUCUUGCACCAGCUGCCCUUCCAGCCCACGGCAGAUGAGCUUCAUUUCCUGUUUAAACACUUCCGGAGCACGGAGAGUGUGGCGGACGAGGAAGGGCAGCCCUCAUCCCUUGUGAGGCUCCGCUCCCGCAGUCUUAGUCCUGGUCGGACAUGUGGCACCUUUGAUAAUGAGAUUGUAAUGAUGAAUCACGUUUACAAAGAGCGCUUUCCCAAGGCCACAGCCCAGAUGGAGGGGCGGCUGCUGGACAUCCUCGCUGACUGCUCCCCAGACAGCACUCUGCCUCUGGCCGACGGCGUGUUGGGCUUCAUCCAGCACCAGCUAGUGGAGCUGGCCAGAGACUGCCUGGACAAGUCCCAGAUGGGCCUGGUCACCUCGCGCUACUUUAUGGAGCUGCAGGAGAAAGUGGAGAAACUACUGCAUGAGGCGUAUGAGCGGUCAGACAGUGAGGAAGUGACCAUCAUCAUCAAGCUGGUGAAGAAGAUUCUCAUCAUUAUCUCCAGGCCAGCCAGGUUACUGGAGUGUCUGGAGUUUGACCCGGAGGAGUUCUUGCACCGUCUGGAGGCAGCGGAGGGCCAUGCCAAGGUGGGCCAGGUCAUCAAGACAGACAUCCCCCGCUACAUCAUCAGCCAGCUUGGCCUCACCAGAGACCCUCUGGAAGACAUGGUCCAUCUGGAGCAGACCUGCCCUGGGCACGGAGCGGCCUGCAGAGACGCUGACGACACUGGGGAGAACCGGGCAGCCUGCACUUCUUCUCGCAGGAAACCACUUGAGAGCGACUUUGACACCCUCAAGGUCAUCAGUAACGGGGCCUAUGGUGCUGUGUUCCUGGUGAGGCACAGGGAAACCCGGCAGCGUUUUGCCAUGAAGAAGAUCAACCGGCAGAACCUGAUGCUGAGGAACCAGAUCCAGCAGGUAUUUGUGGAGAGAGACAUCCUGACCUUCGCUGAGAACCCCUUUGUCGUCUCCAUGUUCUGCUCCUUUGAGACUCGCAGACACCUCUGUAUGGUCAUGGAGUAUGUAGAAGGUGGGGACUGUGCCAACCUGUUGAAAAACAUUGGCCCGCUGCCAGUGGACAUGACCCGGAUGUACUUUGCAGAGACUGUCUUGGCACUGGAGUACCUCCAUAACUAUGGCAUCGUACACAGAGACCUGAAACCUGACAAUUUGCUGAUCACAUCCAUGGGCCAUAUCAAGCUGACUGACUUUGGCCUGUCCAAGAUCGGCCUGAUGAACAUGACCACCAACCUGUAUGAGGAACACAUUGAGAAGGACACAAGGGAGUUCAUAGACAAGCAGGUGUGUGGUACUCCAGAGUACAUUGCCCCAGAGGUGAUCUUAAGGCAGGGCUAUGGAAAGCCGGUGGACUGGUGGGCUAUGGGCAUCAUCCUCUAUGAGUUCCUGGUGGGCUGCGUGCCUUUCUUCGGGGACACACCCGAACAGCUCUUCGGACAGGUGGUCAAUGAUGACAUCAUCUGGCCUGAGGGGGAGGACGCCCUGCCUGCUGAUGCCCAGGACCUGAUCACCAGGUUGCUGAGGCAAAGCCCUCUGGACCGCCUCGGGACUGGGGGGACACCAGAGGUCAAGAUGCAUAGGUUCUUUGUGGGUCUGGACUGGAAUGGACUGUUACGACAGAAAGCGGAGUUUAUCCCCCAACUGGAGACUGAGGACGACACUAGCUACUUUGACACACGAUCUGAGCGAUACAGUCACCUGGGCUCAGAUGAUGAUGAUGAUGAUGAUGAGACCUGUGAUGAAGACACGUCCCUGGAGCUCAAGCAGUUCUCCUCUGUGGCACAUCGCUUUAGCAAGGUGUACAGCAGCACAGAGCACCUGUCCACCUCCACGCCAUCCAAUCAGAGCCUGUCGUCGUCAGAGCGCAGCCACAGUGAGGAGAAGGAGGAGAGGUGGGAGGGGAGGAGUUGCCUCUCCCCAGGAGAGGGACACAAACAGGGGGCCAGCGGGGACUGGAGGACGGAGGGACACAGAGGAAGCCUGCGUCCCAGGUCCUCCUCCAGUUUGUCCCAGUCAGAGAGGAGUGCCAGUCCGCUGGUGAUGAACAGCACCCAGAGCCUGGACACCUUGCCACGCUUCACCAUCUCAGCUGAGGAAGAGGACGGCGUAGUGUCCAACUUGCGGCGUAUCCGUCUGCGCAGUAACAGCACGGGCACGCGGCCCUCCUACAGGCGCGGGGGGUCCCGCCGCAUCGGGCACCAGUUGGACACCCCCGAGAAGCCCAGGCCCCCUGCGGGCUGCAAGGUCCCCAAGUCAGCCUCUGUCUCUGGCCUGUCCCUCAUCAUCACCCCAGACACUGCGGACGGUCCCCCCACCAGACCCAAGUCGUCCCUUUCCUCCAACCCCUCGUCCCGGGACUCGUCUCCCAGCCGAGGGGACCUGUCCCUCGGCAUCAGCAGCCUGCGCCCACCCGUGGUCAUCCACAGCUCUGGGAAGAGGUUUGGCUUCGCCCUGCACGCCAUCCGUGUCUACAUGGGUAACUCAGACGUCUACACCGUGCACCACAUGGUCUGGUGUGUGGAGGAGGGCACCCCGGCUCAUGAGGCAGGGCUGAGAGCCGGUGACCUCAUCACCCACGUGAACGGAGAGUCGGUCCAGGGGCUUGUGCACACUGAGGUGGUGGAGCUGCUGCUCAAGAGUGGCAACAAGGUGACGCUGCAGACCACAGCCCUGGAGAACACCUCCAUCAAGGUGGGCCCAGCCAGGAAGACCAGCUACAAGAGCAAGAUGGCCCGACGCAGCAAGAAGAGCAAGAGGCAGGACGGCCAGGACUGUAGACGACGUAGCAUCUGGAAGAAGAUAGCCAAGCACACCACUCCUCCCAUGCAGAGCAGUCGCAGUUUCUCCUCCGGCUUCCAGCAUUCAGUGUCCUCCAGUGACAGCUUGUCUGGCUCCCCCACCCAGAGCCUCUCGCCUGGGCCCAGCACACCCUGCCGCUCCCCCGCCCCCGACCAGUCUGGAGACUCCAACUCCCCCCAGAGCUCCUCUCCCUGCUCCAGCUCUCCCAACUCCCCAGUCUCCCAGGCCCGUCCCAGUUCCCUCCACGUCCUGGGCCGCUACACCAAUGCAGGCCGCUGCAAGUCCACCAGCAGCAUCCCCCCCUCCCCGCUAGCCUGUAUCCCCCCUCCGCAGCCCCUUUCCCCCCAGUGCUCUCAGUCCUCCCUUCCUGGCCUGUCCAAGGGCCUCCAUGGCAAGACCCUGUCCCCUCCCACCAUUGCCCGCCACUCUGUCCGCCCCCGCAGUGCCGAGCCGCCCCGCUCCCCCCUCCUCAAGAGGGUGCAGUCAGCUGAGAAGCUCUCUGGGGCGUACCACGGCGACAAGAAGGCCUACGCUACCCGCCGACACACCAUGGAGGUGCCCCUAUCGGAGGGGGAGGGGCUAGAGGACCUGGAGGCGGGGGAUACGGCCACAGGGUUUGUCUGUGUGGGGGAACAACAUGGCCGCCAGGGCCUGUAUCUGGGCGGUCAGAGAAGCCACAGGGAGUCGGCCAGCAGCGACCACCGCAGUGACCACUGCUCCAAGGAGUUGGUGAUGAGGAAACUAGCCCUGUCCGAGAGGAGGGACUCCUUUAAGAAGCAGAAGGCGGUGCAGGAGGUGAGCUUUGACGACCCGGAGGAGAAGAAGGUGCCAAGACCCACGCUGCCCGUCAGGCAGCCACGGUUUAAGGCAUCCUGGUUCAACUUGGCUCAGUCCGACUGGAGCCUGGAGGCGGCGGGGCGAGGAGCACAGGGUACAGCAGCGCAGAUAUCCAAACCAAAAGAGAGGGAGGGGUAUUAGCCUAGCGUUGCUCCAAGAAGGUGAAAGGUAGUCUCACUCAAGACACCAAGACUCUAGACUAAGGUUACAUACUCUCUUACCGUACAGUAUAUGAAGGGCUUGCAUGUUUAUCCGCAAGAAUAUACUCAAGCUGUGCCAAUCGAGGCAACCAGAGGGAGAGAAGAACCAAAAAAAAGCUGUUACACGAUCGAGUUACAGUAUGCAUCCUACCACACUGUAAACAAAAACUGUUGAGUGCCAAAAUUGGUUUACAUCCUGUUUUUGGUUUCCCCCUCCCCUGAAACAUGUUUGUACUUUGUAAAUAUGUUUUUUUUACUGAAAUAACCUAUUCAUUACUUUUUAACGUUCAUUUCAUUUUGUUUCAGGGCUGAAUAUGACGUAUUAUUGGCCCUUUUUUGUGGAAAUUGCACAAAUUAGGUGCGGCCAUUCUGUUGUGUGAAUUGAUAAGAGACGUGAGGAAACUAAAUUAAGAACAAAUGUUUAGAUGUGGUUUCUAGAUGGAGACAGCGGAUUAAGCAAUUUAUUGUCCAUUAUCUCUGUAAAAUGUUCAAUUGGUUAACAUUUCCAAAAGUGUUUAAUGACUUGGAAAAUGGCUGCUGAUUUUGUCUGAUCAAAUACGGCCUUUCAAACGUAAGUUGAAUGUUUAUGUACAAAAGUGUGUCCUUUAAUUCAGUGCGGUCUUUAACACACUAGAACAAUAAUGUGUUGGUAAUGAUUUGUAGUCACUAUCUGGACUGGAUCCAAGAGAAUCAGGGAAAGUGUAUCACGUUUUAAAAGACCUUGGCACAAGUAUGAAAGGUAUCUAAAUUCAGUAUGCUUUGAAAUAGUGCCCCUGUGCCAAAGCAUGGAUUUCUCAUAGGAACCCUUCUAAAAAAAGAGGUAGUGUACAUAGGAGGCUUCAGGAAUGGGCCAUGCCCUGUCGAUCAUCCAGUGAUAUCAUCAAAUGGAUUCCACCAAUUCUCUCAUUGGUUUAAAUCACAAAAUGAUUGACAGGACACAAAAUAAAUUAAGCUUAGUUCUGCCAUUACUACCUUUUGAUACUAGAUUGUUGCCGAUCCUGUAAUGCCAUACUUACCUACUUGUUGAAGCAAGCUACCCUACAAUCUAAUUUAGCAGGAGUGCAUUUGUACAGGUGAGGCAUUUCCCCUUAACGCUGUUCUCAAUAUUUUUCAGAACCCUUGUUUAAGAAUCACACAGUGUAUGUAGGAACUGGCUCCCUUUGCUGUUUUUAAACCAUGUUAUAUGAAUGUUUACAUUUUGGGGGGCAAAUGUGUACUGUAUAUGAACUUCUUCCAUCUGCUGUUAAAUUAUUACAACGAAUGACGGGAAACGGCAGGAUUCCAACACAAUAAAUGGAACUGUUUUUUUGUAUAUUUUGACAUGGAAGCACUCUUGUUACAUUGCUGAUUCACCAAUGCUAUUUACACACACCAUAACUAAUAUAACGGCAGUUGGCAAUGAUUAAAAAGUGAGUUGGCAAUGCUUAAAAAGUGACUUUUUGGGGGAUAGAACAACAGACUUGACAGAGGUUUGGUGAGAGAUUUGAAGAUGGUUUUGCUCUCAACUUUGUAUACUCCUUGGAACAUUGUUUUCUUCUGCAACUAUGGAAUUAACAACCAAAAUGCUUCCACUCUUGGUUAUUUCAAAUAAACUGUAAUAUUAGGAUGAACUGUCGUACUGUAUGUCAGGUGAUGUUAGGAACACGUGUUUCACAGUUUGCUUUGGAUAUGGGAAUAUUGACGGAGUUAAAAUAAUAAUUUAGCACCAACUAAUAAUUUAACAACUGGAACGAGAUAGGAUAGCGGAAGGUCAAAUCUAAAACGUAUCUACUUGUUUUAUUACCCAACUUUGUUUACUUAAUUAGUACUUGAAACAAAUGUGUGGUUUGAGGAUAUAAUCAAAUAAGUAAUUCAAUUCACAAUGGAUUUCCCAGAUCUUGAUAUUGUCAAAGUGUGGUCCCUUUAUUAGAAAUACUGCAUCUUGUUACUGUGUCAUCAUAGUAGAAUUUUUUACUGAAUAACUACAUGUUAUAUUUGUCAGAGGUUGUUUUCAUGGUCUUGCUUGCUAGAGAAUUUGUCUGAUUCUUACAGUAUGGCUAAGCUGACCUCGAUUGUGAACAUAUAAUCAUUCUGCAUUUCUACACUGUUCAAUGAUACACAAAAAAACACUGGUUCUGAAUGUACCCAAAUGAGUGUACUUUUUUUACGUCACUGAAUUGUAUUAAUUUAGGGGUCUUUUAAUUCAACUUAAAUAAUACUUCAAUAAUAAAGGGGGUGAAGUAUGAGGUGCACACAGUAUACAACCAACUGAUGAUACCUUCUCACAUUUUUCCUGAUAUAUGAAAAAGGGGACAUUUGUAAUGUUGAUUUCUUCACAUGGGUGGUCAAUUGUAAUUAAUAUAGAUAAUUCACAUUGUUUUGUUCUGUCUUACCUUAGUGGCCCUCGAACAACUUCAUUUAAUAUUUCCCAAACUGGUUUCUGGUGAAAGUUGGUGGAAAUCCAUUGUUUUGUCUAACAGUGUUUAAAAUAAAUGAAUGACAAAAGACUAAUAUGAA